CAUUGGUCCUGGGAUAUUUGUGCUUGGCAAGAGCCAUGGUUCCUUCCAGACAGCGGCUGAGGCUGUUGGCCAAGGGCCAGCCCACCCGUGCCACUGCACGGGGGCAGGGCGCGAGUGCUCGGGGCCGUGGCCGGGGCGGGCGGGGGCGGGGCGCGCACUAUCCAGGCCGUGCUUUGCGUCGGCCCGCGGCAAAGCCACAAGGCCUGCCGCUAGGCCCUCGCUUUUUGUGCCCUGCCUAUCUCCAAGUGCGAGGUGUGGUGCACUUCCAGGAGAGAGUGCAAGUCCUGGAGUUUUCUCGACUCCUUGGUGCCGGCGGAGGGGUGCCCAGCGAGGGCGUGUCUUUGGGCCUGGGCGCAAAGAAGCGCACGGUUUCCGAGACGCUCGCGCCAGAGCGACCGGGUUUUGGGAAGCUAGACCAGGCUGUGCCAGUGGUGCCUCCGCGGAAGCGGGCGCAUCUGCUGCAGGAAGCCAUGGGCAAGGAUGAAUAUGCCAAGGCGCAGCGGGUGCACCAGAAGGAGAUGCUGUUCCUGAAGCGUGGCCGGGAAAAGGCGAAUGCCACCGGAGAGGACUUCGAGCCCAUGCCGGAGACUUUGAAAGCCGCCCGACGCGCCGCGCAGAAGCUGCGCCGUGAGGUGUUGAGCCUCCACAAAGAUCUUGGGGGCCCCAGCCCGCGCAAGCCAGCAAAGAAACCGGCGUCCCGCAAGGCGCCGCGGACGGGCCGGAGGCCGAAGUCUGCGAAGGCCCGGAAAUGAGCUGAUUCUGUGCGAAUUCACCUGGCGGUGGCUGAUAGAACUUGAACUGUGGAUGGACGAAAUCCUGCACCA